AUGAGGCAAGUUGGUAUCUCUGUAUAAUAAAAACCAUUCAUCUCUCUAAAGAAGGAAGACAGACAGAGAAAAGAAUGAAGAUCAAACUCUUCUUAGUUUCUCUCUUUACUGUCUUUUGCUCGUCUUCCUCACAGACUUGCCAAAGAAACUGUGGCAACCAGUUAAUCAAGUACCCAUUCGGUACCAGCCAAGGCUGCGGCGACCACCGCUUCCAGAAAUACGUGACCUGCAACAGCGAAAACCAGCUCAUUUUCACAACCCACACUGGCUGUUAUCCAAUCACCUACAUCGAUUACACCAACCAACUUAUCUACAUCUCCGAUCCUUCCAUGUCAACUUGUUCUUGCUCUCAGCCCAGCAAAGGUUUCAGCCUGGAUUGGAACGCGCCGUUUACCUUUCACGAUGAUAACGCCUUUGCCCUUCUUGAUUGCACCAUUAACGGAGGAAAUAACUCUCUGUCUUCUCUAUGUGAUCCAAACGGAGCCGCCAUUUGCAGUCUUCUGUAUUCAUGUCAAGCAAUCAGCAGGAUAGACAUGGCAAUCUCUACUUGCUGUUUAUAUGCACCGGUGGAUCUUGGGCCGUCUUUUGAGAUGGAUUUGGGGAAGUUACAGUGCGGGUCGUAUUCAGGGAUUUAUGGGUAUACUUUGGAUGCACCGGAGAGCUGGAAAUAUGGGAUUGUGUUGAAGUAUAAAUUUAAUUUCAAUAAUGAAUACCCUAUACUCUGUUCUGACUGUGAGAGAAGCAAUGGAAUUUGUGGAUACUUUGGUUCUGGUUCGGGUUCAAGUAGUUCGUUUAUCUGUUAUUGCCCCGGUGGACUGAAUUCAUCAACGGAUUGCUUAUUUCGAGCUACAUGGAGCCAUGGCUUAAGAAAACUUCCAUGGCAGCCUGUGAUAUGGUUGAUCUAUUGGAUGGUUUCUUUUCAUCUUCUUUUGCGGUGAAUGAGAGAUAGAUUCGGGUCGGGCUAAAGGGUGUUGAAGGAAUCAAAUAAAAGCAAAUGGGUUGGGUUAAUUGGAUUCCGCCAUCACCAUGGAAGCUUGUAUUUUCUUCUUCUUCUAAAUAAUCAUGCUAAUGAAUCUUUACACCAUUGUUUUGUUACGAGAACUCGAUGAAUUAGAUGUUGUAAUUGUGGACUGGCCAUUAUGAUAUGAAGCUAAUCAAUAAUGGAAUAUGUUCCCUUCCCUCUUUUA